CCCGUUUGUUACGAUGGCAGUACUGUUUCUCUUUCCUGCAUUUCUUCAAGUGGUUGUGGCUGCACGAACUGAAGUCCCUGGGUACAUUGGGGAGAACGUGACCUUGCACUCAGGAGCCAAUCCCUCAUGGAAUCUCACCAAAAUUGACUGGUCAGUGUAUUCCAACAGCACCUGGAUCGCCACUUAUAGCAACGGCGAAACAAACACGGAACGUUGGUUUCUCUACAAAGACAGACUCACUCUUAACACCACCUCAGGUGACUUAACGAUCCAUAAUCUGAAGCCAAGCGAUGCCAUGGAAUACAUUGUAGACCUAAUCAACACUGAUAGACAGCACGCAGGACACAAGAUUAAACUGGAAAUGAAAAAACGCCUCCAGGAACCAAAUAUUGAGAACAUUUUUAAUGAUACUACAGAAAGUGGCUGUUUCGUUGCGCUGAAUUGCACCUCUCCAGAUGAUGGUGUAAAGUUUAACUGGACUACUAACUCUCCUGAAACUAUGGCUACUUGGAUGAACGAAAAGACCGGCUAUUCACCAAUUUAUGCAUAUUUAAAAAAACAUGACAAUGCUGAAUUCACCUGCACUUCCUACAAGGGUAUGGAGAAUAGGAUGAAUGUCUUUACACCAUUGUGUGAAGGGCCACAACAUCUGAAGAAGGAAUGUAAAAGAUGCCAAAACUGUUUUUUUCAUGGGUUCUUGGGAUCUAUAUUGACAGCAGUUGUGAUAGUUGUGCUUUACGUUUGUAGAGGAUACUUAAAAACUGCAUGGCAGUGCCUGAAAGGUAUGAAACCCAUUUUGCCACAUUCAUAUGAAUGGUUAGUGUUGCUACAACAUAUUGAUAUUCAUCUGUUUUUACAGAAAAACCUCUUUCAUCAAGUUACUGAUUUGGAACUUACAAAAGCAUGAAUGAACGGAUCACCCACACUGGCUGACGACUCACUGAGCUCAGGCACACUCAAGCUACCUCCAAGUUGACCUCCAAGUUGACUUCCUACCUGUCAACUCACUUUUAAG